GUAGAGAAUAUUGGUUGGCGAGCAUGGAACCACACAAGAAGAGAAAGAGGAGAAAAGAAAAGUAAAAAGGAAAGGAAAGGAAGGAUCUUUGGGGAAUUGGGAGGCAAGGAAAGAAAGAUGCAGGAUUAGGUGUGUGGAUAGGGAGGGUCCAGCGUAGCGUACUACCUGGCUUCUGUUCUUUCUACCCACGACUUUUCUCUCAAACCAACCACAUCAUUCAACUAUUGCACUGCCAAGGUUUGGACAGUGUUACGUGCUUCACGAAACAUGACCUCUGCUCACGACCUUACUGAUAAUGAAGAUGAUGGACAGCAGCAGUCAGAAUCACAAAUUCAGUCCCCUUCUGCAAAUGGAAUUUCUGAUCCAGAUAUUAGUACCCAGAAUGUCAAUGUACAGUAUGCAACACCUGGCCAGCUUGGAACUGGGCAUGCAAUGGUACCACCUGUGUAUCCAUAUCCAGAUCCUUACUAUAGAAGCAUCUUUGCUCCCUAUGAUACACAACCUUAUCCCCCGCAAGCCUAUAGUGGACAGCCAAUGGUCCAUCUUCAGUUAAUGGGAAUUCAGCAAGCUGGUGUUCCUCUGCCAACUGAUGCAGUUGAGGAGCCUGUGUUUGUCAAUGCAAAACAAUACCACGGUAUAUUAAGACGUAGACAAUCCCGUGCAAAAGCUGAAUCAGAAAAUAAAGUUAUAAGGAAUAGGAAGCCAUACUUGCAUGAAUCUCGACACAAGCAUGCACUGAGAAGACCAAGAGGAUGUGGUGGUCGGUUUCUGAAUUCAAAGAAAGACGAGAAUCAGCAUGAUGAUGUGACAUCAGCUGACAAAUCACAAUCCAAUAUCAAUCUCAAUUCUAAUAAAAAUGAUCAAACCUCAUCAGAUAGGACAUCCUAAACUACUGAGACGACGAUACCUUAGACAGUGGAGAUCUAUAUUGUAUGUCACAAGAUCAAUAAUACCUGCCUUGGAUAUCCCACUUUUGCUUCAUUCUGGCUUUGUACAACACUGUAGGUUGUGUGGUAGGUAGCGUUAGUAUGUCGCAUGAUGCAGGUAAAAUGUAAAUUGAAGUGAUUUUAUCAAAUAUUGACCUUUGGUAGGGGAGAUUUUUAUGGUGAACAGCAUUUCUUUGUAUUUGGUACUGUAGAGAGGUUAGAGAUUGGUAUUUUGUUUGGUUGGAUCGUAUUUAUUUACCUUGCUAGUGACAGUUGAAGAAGUUUCAACCGUGAUUGGUGAUGGAUAUUGAUAGUUGUUUUUGUUCAGUGACUACUAGAUAGAUAAAUAAGGUUCACAUGCCUUGCUGAUAUUGAAAUGAA